AUGCUACCCUUUUCCGUCAAGCAGCCCAUAUGUCUGUUAUGUCGACUCAAGCACAGCACACGGGCGAUCACGCCAAUUCCACGAAAACCUGCCAUCCCUCUUGAUUCGCGAUAUCUCUCCUCCGGCGCCGUUCGAAAUGCAUCGCGACCCGGCCGAAGUCCCGCAAAUGGGAAGCGUCCAUCCCGAGCUCGGAAGUCUGUUAAACGAGAGCUGCCCCCAGCUACCAGUAGCACAUUGACUGGCGAGCAGAAAAACAAAAUCAAGGCUCUGACCGAUUUUCUGCCCCUGCUGCAGGAGCACGCCCAAACCCUCGUACCGGAAAAUGCGCCAACGGUCGCAGGACUGACCCUUGAACAAGUACUGGGAAGUUUCAAGCCUAAAUCGCGGGCACUCCGCCGGACAAUACCUAUCCUCCAAGACUCAUACGCUGGGAAACCCUUCCAUACAUUGAACUCUGAUCUCAGUCGCCUCAUAUCCCUGACCCCGCGUGGGAAGACGGAUGUCAUCGACGAUGGGACGAAGAAUAUCUUGAGAGGUCUGGGUAUUCUCAAUGAUUCUGUGGUUCAAGAACCCGAAGCCAGUCCGGUCAAGGCAAAACCGGGUCGUCGAAAGGGCGCUCCUAGGGUCGAACGACCCCUCCCCAUCCUCAAAAUCCGUCGACGAAGCAGCAAAGGCCUUCCGCUAUCUCCCCGAGAAACAUCGUUGGGACAGAUGGUCACUGGUGCAGAAGAAAGAAUUUUGAGUAGACCCAAAUCUGCCGAAAAAGAAAGGAUUGCGACGCUGGAUCAGGCGCACCUAGAAGUCGCACGACUUGAUAAUUUCGCGUUGAUACCAGUGGAAGUUGAACGUUCAAAAGUGCCUACCUUAAGCCAUGACUUAUCGCGCGUCCUUUUUAACCCUGGUAUCUAUCAACUACAAGAUCCACGCUCGAGAGUAUGGAACUUUGAUCCUUACCUGGGUAACAUUAUGCCCGUGUCCGAGUUCAAUUAUGACGCCCUAAACAGGUAUAUCACAUCCUCUGAGGAUUCCCAUCUGCGAGACGUGGCUUCGAAACAUAAAAAGCGCUAUAUUGGUUCUACUUCAAGCAUGUCAGGUGUUUUGGCUCAUUUCCACUUUCUCCUUUCGGCGUGGCGUGAGUUAAACACAAACAAUCUAACUCGGGGGUUUAAAGACGAGGGAACUUCUUUCACUAAAAUUCAGAGAGGACCAACGGCCAUUUUCCUCCGAUACAAAGAUGGCGUAUAUGCUGUUGACGCGGACAAGGAGUUUGACUCAGCAAACAUCUUAAUGAGCCUCGGUCGAUCCAUGGAGAAGCUCCUGACUUUGGAUAAGGAUGACUACGAACGAUAUCGAAAGACGCACGAUGCGCAGAAAGACACCCAAAUGCAUUCGACCGAACCUGAAGCAUACCACUAUAGCGAGCUUGGGAAGUUUCUUCUGCGCUCCCAACUUGACGCGCACGAUCCCCGGCUUCCUGGUACGGGCAUGUUUGAUCUCAAAACGCGGGCAGUGGCGGCGGUCCGUAUGAUGGUCCAUAAGCACGAAACAGGCGCUGGCUAUCAAAUCAAAGAGAGAUUUGGCACCUGGGAGUCAUUUGAACGGGAAUAUUAUGAUAUGAUGCGUUCAGCCUUCCUCAAGUACUCGCUUCAAGUUCGAAUGGGUCGGAUGGACGGAAUCUUUGUCGCUUAUCAUAACACGGAACGCUUGUUCGGCUUUCAGUACAUACCACUCCCCGAGCUGGACCUGGCUUUGCACGGUCAGACCGACCAAACAUUGGGCAACCGAGAAUUUCGGCUGAGCUUCAAGCUUCUCACCGAUAUCUUCGAUCAAGCGACGGCGCGAUUCCCCGACCAGUCUCUGAGGUUCCAUUUCGAGGCGAGAGAGGCCACGCCAGUUCAGGCGCCUCAUAUGUACAUUUUCGCAGAACCGGUUUCUGAGGGAGAGAUCGCUGACAUCCAGAGUAAAAAGAAAGAGGAGAUCGAAGCCUACGAGCAGCGGAUCUUUCACUCUAAAUCGCGCCAAACACAGAUUCCUCCAGAUGACGAGUGGGAGGACGCUGCGCCCGAGGAGGAGGAGCAUGAUGACUCGCCGGAGACGGAGGCAGCGUCUGCAAAGUCCGCAGAUCAACUAGAGGCAGGGGACACUCCAACAUCCGCAUCAACAGGAGGAGAAGGUAUUGGAUCAACCCGUGGGUCGAAUGCGGCCGAUGUUGGCUUUUCGCAAAGUCUCAUGGGCGUUGACCUUUCCAUCACCGACAAGUCUGAACCGAAAAAAGAGCAGGCUAAGCCUUCCGAAUCAGCGCCAGAGCCAGCCAGUCAGAAACCCAUCCUGGCUUGGAAAUUGAACAUCCGCAACAUUGUGAACGGGCUUCCCGUCAGCCGACCUCAAAACUUGAAGCAGGAUGACAGCUGGGAAGUUCAGUAUACAUUGACACCCUUCGCCGAAGUGUCCGGACAUCGAAAUUACGUGCUGUGUAAAAACCGUCGGAAAGCGGUGCUGGAGGCACCUCAGGGUGAAGACGAAGCUGUCAGCUACUACAUCCAGCAAUUGGUCUCCAUGAGCCAGAAAGGAGCAGACUGGCGACGGAAGUUAGACGAGCUUGACGCCCAGCGGGAUAGAGUCGUUCUGUAUGGCAACCGCAUGGCUGGAGAGAAAGAUUGA